CCAGCACUCCGAUCCAUCCUCAGGCCCCAAUCUCUAAGAAAAUCAGAUCACUCCACAUAUACUACUACAGAGUAUAUACAGACUCAUUCUCAAUAAAUCCGACCGAUCAUGACCCGAGAGGAGCCACCCCCGGCCUUUAAUCUCACCGAGGUUGAUCGUCAGGUCCUCGCUCAGACUGACGAGGAGUUCGUCUAUCAUGACUGGGAGGAUCUCAAGGCCAUUAUUGCCCGCAAUGAUCUCGGUAUCCUAAAACGAAAACCCUCCGAUCUCAGACGCUACCUCGCCUGGACAGCAGAGAUCAAAGCCCAAUAUGGUACAAUCACCAACUACAUCUGCCAACGCCGCCUAGGCUGGCAGCUCCCCGACCCGGACACCACCAACACCACCGGCGCCACAGAAAGUGGGGCGGUAUUCCCCUUCAAGAACCCGAUCCCCUUUGCCGAUCCCGCGGACUACAAGAUUCUCCGCAACGACUGGCCCUACGGUGUCACCUCGGACAUCGCCCACAUGGUCGUGUGGCUGCGGACUCCUGUCGCCGUCAAGCCGGAAAAUGGGGAUAUCACUGAUGAGUCGCGGGCGCUGAUAGAGGACUUUGUCCGGCGGACGUUUGUGGCGCGCUUGGCUCGGGAAGGGGGUCAUUACUUGAAUCCCCAGGAACAUGUUCUCUGGUUCAAGAAUUGGACGGCCCUGCAGAGUGUGAGAAGUUUGGAACAUAUUCAUGUUCUUGUCCGGGGGGUAUCGGAAGAUAUUUUGCAGGAGUGGACUGGGGAGGGGGCGUUGAAGAACUAGGGUUGCCUUUCGUAUGAUCUAUGAAUUAGAGUUUUGGAUGAUUUGUUUGAGUGAGA